AUGGAAUUGAGCGCUCCUGUAAAAAGAAAAACCAUUUGGCGGGUUUUGACAAAGAAUAAUGGGAUCUCCGUCACACCUCAGGCAUUGAGCCUUUUGUUGCACUAUAAUAUAUCCUCAGAGGAGGAGCUUUUGAAUUACCUUAAUGAGAUGACUGAAAUAUGUAGAGGCGAAAAUGGUUCCUAUCUACUUGUAAUUUUCCUAGUGACUCUUCUUUCGGAUUUGUUGGCGCAAGAAUUUAUGUCUUUGAUAAAAUCGAAGCAUCAAUUAUUGAGCAUCCAAAGAGCCACGGAAGAAUCAUCACUUGCUGGCAACACAACGCCUUCGAUCGAAAUCCUUUCUUCUGAAAAGACCACGUCAAUGCUAUGGGACUCGAAAGCAUCCAAAUUUAUAUAG